GGGAGCGACUGAUAGCGCAGGAGGUGAGAGGAAAAUUCAACGGAUUCAGUCACCGCCCGGUGCCCGGCGCGCAAGGUCUCAUGCGUUGUUUCUGCUGAACUUUAUCUCCCGUUGGAAGAGUGUACUUUAAUUUCCUGAAGAAAUAAAAAUGUCAUAGAUUAAAAAAUUGUGACACCUCUGAACGAGCUCCAGUAUCGGAAAUAGACACUUAUAUCCGCGCGUUAAAAAUUUUUUUUUGUUUAUUAUUUUUUCUCCUGCGAAUGGGGCCAUUGUUUUUAGAUGGAUUAGCCCCAGUUGCCGAGCAUGUGCGCAAUUUAAAAUUUGUCGAGUUGUGGAUUGUGAACUUGGCAAUAUUGUGAGUGACUUGUGCAUCGCAACACAGACAAUUAUUGGUGAAAAAUGGAACGAGGUGAUAAAAUUCUGACUGGUGCGUUAUGAAUGCUCGGAAGGGUCGAUAAGAUCACCAUUAGAGAGCACCAGAAGAGGGGGAGAUUUUGGGAAAGAGGGAAAAAUCAAGGGAAAUAUGGCGGACGUACCGGAGGGCUGAGAGGAAAGAUAACUAAUUAACUGAAAUGCCGCCGCUGAGUUGGCCGGCCGUGGCUGUCAUAGCCGUCUUCGGCGCCAUUUUCACCAUGGCAAUACCCGAGACGGAGAGCAGAAGUAGCAGCACAUUUGAUCACAUUCGUCAUCGACCGAAUAAGAGCACCAGUGCCAUCAAUAGUAUCACCACAUCUUUCUCCCCCGUGCGCUGUACUGAAAAACGUAGAAUUGAAGUUGCUGUGAAUGGUGGUAACUGGAAGGCCAUCGAUGGAAUGGAAGCUGAUCGUAGUACUGCACAUAAACCUGAGAGGCUUUCCAUUUACCAAUGGAAAGAUACGUUCAGCACUGUUGGGCCAUCGUCUGAAAAGUUCCAAGAAGAUGGCAAACAAUUUGAAAUGAAACUGGAGUUGGCGAAGGUUCCAAUCAUCUCACCUGGCAUUGGAUUCAGAAAAAGAGAGGCUUACAGAAGUGUUCGUGACGAUAGAAGCUUGAAGGAGGACAUUGUGGGAAUGGCUGAGGGUCAGAGAGUUUCCACGAAUCAAUUGGAGAAGGAGACAUUGUUGUUGGGUAAGGAUACACUUUCAACAAUAGACCAAGAAGAAUUCUUGCCAACAACUACAGAGCCAUAUCAAACAUCGACUAGUGAUACAGAGAUAACUAGAGACAGGGCAAAUACUUUACCCGAAAAUAGUGACGAUGAGAAGGUGAGGAAUCCUUCCAACAACUCUAUCCUAGCAUCAAUAACUCCAGCCAUGAUGCCUCACGUGAGGAGUGAAAAACUUGUGUACCAGUCUAACACCACAGAAUCACUGGCUGACAGUCCAUUUCCUCCCCCAAAUGCUAUUGGCUCAACCGAGGGCACCCUAGAAUCACCUCUGAUCGCUUCUACUCAGCCCAACAUACCGGAUACCAGGUUUUCUACGGUAACACGUAAAGAAAAAUCGUGGGAGAGCGACGGUAGAGGCCAUUCGAAAAAGGACCACUCUAAGGCGUCCAUCAAUCUGCUCGAGGGUCAGCCACAUAAAAUAUUUUACGAGAUCAAGCCCUCGCUCAAUACCGUCAUGAGGGCUGAUGACGAGGAGAGCAACACGAAUUUACCCCUCGCGGUGACAACCAAACACAAUUUCUUGGGAUUCAAAUUGCCGAGUGUACCCAGCUCCUUUGGAAAAUUUGGACCAUUCUUCGUAGAUGAGGUCGAUCAUCGUAAUAUAACGGAGAGAAUUGGUAGCACUGUUCAACUUGACUGCAGAAUUGGACUGCUCGGUGAUAAGAAGGUGACCUGGUUUCAGCCCAAUAAAGACUCCAUCCGGCUCCUCACAGUUGGAAAUGGCCAAUACAGCGCUGACGAACGGAUCAGCCUUAAAUUCCAGUAUCCGGACAAUUGGAGGCUGCAAAUAGCCUAUGCAACACUUCGAGACAGUGGAAUAUACAAGUGCCAGGUGGAAAUCGGCCCCACAAACUUUAUGGUGAAAACCUACCACGUUCUCAUAACAGCACCCUCUCUGAAUAUAACGGACGAUUCUGGACGUACUAUAUCUGGGGAGAGACACCUCAAAGCGGGCAGUACACUCAGACUGAGGUGUGAGGGCAGAGAUGUACUUGAAAAGCUCAACGAAUCUUUAUUAUGGACAAGGGGAGAUGAAAUCCUCACUGCGGAUGUCAGUGAAAAUAGAACGACUGAAUUACUGGGUGACAAGGAGAUACCAGUUAUAUCAAGUACACUAGUCGUUGAGAAAGCAUCGCCACGACAUGCAGGAAACUACAGCUGCAUCGUACCGGAAAGAGCCAAGACGACCAUAGCUGUUCACGUUUUGAACGGGGAACUUCCAGCUGCUGUUCAUCAUGGAAGUGGUGUUUCGAGUGCUGUUCUCAAUUUUUGGUUGAUUCAUCUGACCGUGAGCUAUGGAUUUUUGAGAUGACAAUACUAAGAAUGAUAACUGAUGAGUUGUGCAUCGGCAAUGGAUCAGAGGAAUUUCACUCCUUCGUUGCGCGCUGGCAGGGACAUGGGAGGAUCAGAAGGAUCAACGUCGAGUGUAGAGAACUACGGGAGUGAAGGGGAUCCUGUAAUUCAUAUAUAUGUACAUAGGUGUAACUUGAGACAGUGCAUGCGAGAAGGGAGGCAAGACCGGGGCAGAUCGUUGGUGUCGAGCUGGCACGAAAAUUUAUAACCAAUAUGCUUUCUCCGCGAGCGGAUGGGGCAUAUUUCAUGGGUGGAAGCUAGUCGUUUCCGCCUUCGACUUUUCUUCAGCGAUCGUGAAUCACUCCAUCGGUUUUUGCUCUCAUUCUGUUACUCUCUGUAUUUAUUUUUUAUUUUUAAACGCUGAGCUUCGUAUCGACGGCAUACUUCCGUCGAAGCACCGGGAAAUGUUCUCAGAACUUCAGCUACCGCGUCGUCUCCACUGUUAACGAGACAUCUUAACUACUAUCAUGACUGUUAAUUAUUGAGGAGAGUCGUUAACAGCCACUAAAACCUUCUAUCACUGCAUUUAAUGAAUCAGGAACUGACUUCAGGUGGGGAAAAAUAAUAGAGCUUCCUGCGGGAUUUUCCGGUGAAUUUCCCAUAGGACAUUUUGUUAUGUCUUAUUUUUUUUUUAUGUUCCAAUGGUUUAUGUUCUUUCAUCCAUAUUAUUUUUAAACCUCUGAAACAUUAAUUUUUUUCAAGAUGACGUCAAGUUCAAUUUAACACCCGAAUUACUCAGAUGAGUAUUCACCGUGGAAAGCCACUCGAUGGCAUCACAUUUUCUGCAGAAAAUUCUAUACGAUUUUCCCAUACGUGGUUUCUGAGAAUAAAGCCGUUCUAUACGAGAGAAUAAUUGUCGUUCCACCGUUGACGAGGGCAACAAAUAUAGCCGAGUAUUGAUUUUUUCCAUUCCCAACUUAGAUAGAUAAUUAAAUCUCACAAAGUAUGAUGACUGAUUAGUGACUAGUAUGGUUAUUUCCUGUUCAAUUAUAACAAUAAUAGGCCAGCGAUUCGUAAUGAAGGAGGGAGAUUGUUGGUAGUUGAAUGGAAAAUGUGCAGUGAAAAGGGAUGAGACACGCAAAGGCCAUUCUCGGGUUGCGGUCUUGUACCAUUGGAAGGUAUACCACGCCUCAUCUUGAUGCGCAAAAUCGGCUCGACCUAAUUAGAGCCGCGGUAACGUAACGCUAAUGGUCCACGGCUAGUCGAUUGGCAUUCAUGGAGAACCCAUUGCCAACCACCUUCUCACGAUUAAAUGUAACUACACAGCCCUUUCUCACUGAUGAGUCUUUACAGUCUUCACGUAAUUAGUUGAUAUUUCAGGGAGAGGGAGGAGGGCCGUACAAAUGAAUGAGACAAUUGUUGGAUAGUAUUUGAUUGUUUAGUUGCGUUUGACGAGGGGAAAUUGACUCAUUGUGCUGAUGAAAAAAUUGUGAUGUUCAUUGGAAUUAAGAAAAACGUAUCAGAGUGCUUAACAUUCAGACGCAGGCUCAAGGGAAAUUAGAGGAAAUGAGAGGGGGGAAUGGAGCACAGAGUGACUUUAAAACAUAUACAUAUUGUGUCGAUUUUAUCUACUAAUGAAUAACAUCUACAAUAAGAUUAUAUUUUUAUAUGUAAAUACGUCAUCGUUCUUUCUUGUUAUUUCGAUAGACUAAGUGACUAUUAAAUCAAUAGUAAUUUUAAUUAGACGAGUCGUGUGAAAAUUACAACAUUAUUAUACAGCGUUAUUGACUUUGUUACAACUCGGGACCAGCCAGCGAAAGGAUUAAAAAUAAACCCUGUCACGAUCGGCUUGAAAUAUUCUUUGGGUAGGUUUUUGGCAUUUCAAUUGGACAUUUGAUGGACAGAAAUUAGAAAGCUAUGAACUCUGUUCUUUCCAUCGAGUUAGCCACUGGUUUAAUGAUAUUCACGAUUCUGGAUUAAUUUACAUACUAAAAAUGCUGGAACAAGGAUGGAUUUAGUAGAUGUGAAAAAUAGCCACAACCCCAUCCGUGACAUUGAUUACAACAGCAUCGAUCGUGGCUUGGUCAAUAAAUUGUCAUUCAAAUUCCCAUCAGACUCUAUCUUCGCUGAUGAACAAGGUCUGUGUUCACAUUAAUCGGGGGGAGUCUAAAUGAGGGGAGAGUUUAAUCAGUUGAAUUGGAGUGAAAAAAUAUUUUACGUCGUGUUAAUUGCUAGGUGAAUAAAUCCUAACAUUUCAAUUAUGUACCCGGGAAUUUUUUGAAUAAAUUAUCAAAGCAUUCCGCACAGAGAAAAAAAUUAUUCCCGCUAAAUUUCAUUUACUUGGAAGAAUAAAUGAAAUGGAAUAGAUGACCAUUUGGCAGAAAAAAAAAUCAGUGUUUACACGGAAACAUAAAUUUACGUCAGUUGAUUGUCAUUUUUAUUAACGAAAGAGCGAAAAUUGUAAAUACUCAUAUCAUGUUGCCCCCAAUUUCCAACUGGAACGUAAUCUCCAUCUGUCUUUGAGAUUUCCCGAUUGAAUUCGAUCAUUCUCCGUAGCUAAUACCUCUGAGGAUAUAUUUCAUAGAAAUAAAGCUCAAUCAUUAAUCCAUCAAUUACGCUCGUAAUUCAAAGGCAUCCCGGGAAUUCGUUCUCCCCCUCCUGUUUUUUUCCCUCUCUACAACUGUUCGUUCUACUCCACCCUACGAAUGGAAAAAAAAGUUCAAUUGGAAAAUUCUGUAUCGUCAAAUCAAUUGCUCUGAGCAGCAAAGAAGUAAUUUACGGUAUUCACGUUUUUUUUUUUCAUUAUAAAAAAAACAGUUGGAGCGUUUGAACGAAAAUUCCAUGGACGCAAAACGCGGAGAAUCCGUCUUUUCGUACACACUCCACUACCACACGACGUGCCCCUGCUUAUAACGUCCAAUCUACUGCUACAAAUAUACGCCAGACGAACCGUGUGUCUCACACUCGAUCACUCGCUUGCGUUUGUCCGGAUAUCCUCGGUUCUACUUCCGUAAAUUGCAAUUCCAAUGUUUUUUCCCUCCCUCCCCUCUCCUCCUUCCCCACCCCUUCGCCAAGCCUUUGAAAAUGCUUCUCCAGCUCUUCUGAUCUUCCCAUCUUUUCCAUCUCGCAUGUGUGCGGGAGAAAAAGACAAGCCCAUACUUCUUCACAUCCCCUACCCCACCCCCCACCGCUCCCCAUCAUUUCGUCGUUCCUCUGUUCUUGAUUUUUCCUGAUUUUCCAGCGAGAGAAAUAACCGCUCGUAAAUCCACCUUAAUCAUUAUAUCAAGUCCACUUCAAUUCUCAAGUAGAUUCAAUCGAAUUAUUUCGCUCCACUCGACUACGUAAGACAAAAUUACUCACGAAGUAAGAGCAUACACGCGUUAUUACAAAUAUUUGAACUUAUAUUGUAAUUGUAUAAUUGUUUAUAUGUAAAAGAAAACACAUCCAAGAAUUUAUCAUAAUGGACAAGUUUUAUUAUAUCGCUUUGAUAUAUCAUUGCGAGUGACGAUGGAAUGUUAUAUGUAUGAUUACUGUUGGUAUAUGAGAAUGACAAAAAUUAUUGAACUAAUUGUACAGGCAAUUCAAUUGCAUAAUGAU